CCGAACCUUGAAGGGCGCGCUUCCCGUGCGCUUACCCGAGCCUCGCCCAAGCCGCCACAGAGCACGAGCCGCUCACCUGACCCGCAAGGGAUGUCUCGACCCUCGUCGUCCUCUCCUUCAUCUUCCCGUUCCAGGGAGUUGGAGCCGCACUCACGUACAAGGUCUGCUGGGCGCUCAUUGAGCCGUACCCCUUCUAUCGACUCUCUGGACACGGCAUCGUCCUCUGAGGCACCUGCAACCCCUAAAACGCAGUCCAUGCUCGUGCACGACCUUCCGCCCGUGAGCACUUCCCCGCUCGAGGAGCUCGAACGCUCCUCGCGCUUCCGCGUCCAGUGCGUUUGCAUGACCUGCAAGCGUGCUGGCUCGAACUUUCCCCAUUGCGGGAAGUGCGGUGACAUGUGGUGCUCGCGGGAGUGCAGGACUGGCGCCGCAGGCACUCACGUUUGUCACGGACGCAUUGUCAGGGCGGCACAGGACUCGCGGGUACUGCAGGCGCACCCUGCAACGUUUGUCGUGGUUUAACAACUCUUUACAUACAGAGGGGUCAUUCGCAUUGACAUUGCCUUGGUGACAGGCUCUCUAGGGCUACAGCCGGUGUGCUGAAAUAUGAUCACUGCCAUCUCUAUAGCUGCAUUACUAUAUCAUGUACACAAUUGUACGUCUUCAUUGCACUGCACGAACUAUGACAUGCUUCCGCCUUCACGAGUCGAAUGCU